GGCUUGCUCGCGAGGGUGGCUCAACCGCGUCUCGGACUUCGCCCAAUUGCAAGGCACAAAGUUCUAGCUUCAUGCAAAUAUGUUUGAAGAGAAGACUAGAAUCUCCCAUGACAUAUAUUAUGGACAAAGAAAUUCAACCCUUCUUUCAGAUUUUGCAGUGACGAGCCGAGAGGUCUUCCGCUCCACCUCCACCUCCGGAUCACCCCGCCCCCACAUUUACCCCGAACCCCGGUGUCUCCGGAUCCAUAUUCUUCCUUUUUGGGAUCCAUAUCAACAGCCGCAAGUUUCACAUUCCAUGGGAUUUAUCGUUCUUCAUGCUCAUCAUAGAAAUAUCGUCUCUUUGACAAGCAGCCCCUUACCAUCAAAAUGCUACAAUUGACCCUUCUCACAGUCCUUGUGCCAAUCCUUUUAUGUAUUGGAUUGAUCAAGUUCAUUCAUUACAGCCUUACUGAUCCACUAAGCAAAAUCCCUGGACCUCGACUCAACCGCUACACAAAUGUAGCCUUGAAACUUCAAACUAUGCGUGGACGGAGAGUUCACUACAUCCAUGAACUGCACUCAAAGUAUGGCCCAACCGUUCGUAUUAGUCCAAGCGAAGUCGCUAUAUCAGACUUGGCUUCUACCCGCGAAAUUCACCGUAUUGGCUCAGGGUAUCUCAAAUCUGAAUGGUAUGCCAAAUUUACUGAGGAGAGCGAGGAGUCCCUAGGUAUCUUUGCGAUGAUCGAUGCCAAGCAGCAUGCAGUACGGAGACGACUGUUCUCGGCAGCUUUUUCUCAAGCCGCAUUGCUUCAAUGGGAUGAUGUACUUCAAUACAGAACGACUCUUGUGAUCCAGAAAAUCAAAGAGCAAGCGAUGAGUAGAGGCGGUGCAGAUAUAUUCUCGUGGUUUACAUUCAUGGCAACCGACAUCAUCGCCGAGCUCGGGUUUGGCGAAAGCCUGCACAGCCUAGAACAUGGAAAGAAAUCAAGCUUCUCCGAGGAUCUUGAAAAGGUCAUGAUGUUUUCUGGCCUUCGCUCAGAAUUAGGCUUUGUCGCAACAAUUCUAUCCCAUCUCCCAAUCCCAGCAGUCCAAUUCUGGCUUCAAUCCGCGAAAAGAAUAGCGGCUUACGGUACAGAGGCAAUAGCAAAGAACAAAGCACUUGCAGAUCGUGGAGAGACCAAAGACACGCUGUUCACUAAGAUGCUCAGGGAAUCAGAUGAGAAGACUGGAACCCUGUCAGAUGCUGACAUACAGCGGGAAGCCGGCAAUCUGAUCGUUGCUGGAAGUGAUACUACAGCUGUGACACUGACAUAUCUGGUGUGGGCGGUCUUGAAGCAUCCCGAGAUCAAACAAAAGCUGUUGGCAGAAGUCAGCAAUCUUGGCAAUAACCCGAGCAGCAAAGACACAAAUGCUCUGCCCUACUUGACAGCUGUAAUCAAGGAGACUUUGCGCCUAUACGGAGCUGCGCCGGGUUCCUUGCCUCGUACUGUACCAAGGGAAGGUCGAACCCUGGGAUCCUACUUUAUCCCGGAAGGAACUACCGUCAGCACCCAGGCUUACACACUACACCGAGAUGCAAGAAUAUUCCCCGAGCCUCUUCAAUUCAGACCUGAAAGAUGGAUAGAGCCAACUCAACAAAUGAAAGACGCGUGGAUGCCUUUUGGAGGAGGCUCUCGAGUUUGCAUUGGACUUCACCUUGCACAGGCCGAAUUGACCCUUGCAGCUGCGAAGUUCUUCAAGGAAUGCUCAAGCGCCACAGUCAGAACUCGUGAUGAAGAUAUGGAACAAGAGAAUUAUUUCCUUGUUGCGCCAACGGGGCAUAAAUGCGAGGUUGUGCUUGGAAAUUUGUAAGGCUCCGCUGUAUAUAGGUAAAAGAGAUCCGGGGUCGUUGUCCAUUCGGGUAAUGAUACACCCCCCCCCCUAUUCUCCUAUCCCCCCCCCCUAUGGGGCCAACUAAACCCGAUUAAAAUAUGAAGCUCGAACCUCAAAAAAUCGUCAACGUAACUCAGAUCACAACAAUUCAACUCGAAUUUAUCAAGUAAGGGCGCAAUGCCCGAGCCCCGGAGCUUGCGUAGGGCCGUGAGGGAGUAAGUCCCUUACGCAGUAGGCACAAGCCUUAUAAAAAGAUAGGUAAAAUUUUGGAUGCCGAGCGCAGCGGACAUUCAGGAAACAGAGGAUUUCAAUUGCGUUCUGAAGGAAUAAAAAUAAUCCAGCGCCGGUGGGACUCGUAGAACUUGAG